UCUCCAAGAUGGCGGCGUGGGGAAGGAGGCGCGCGGGCCCCGGCAGCACCAACAGCGGCGGCGGCCGGGACAGGGUGACCUUGUCCUCCACGGACUGUUACAUUGUGCAUGAGAUCUACAAUGGGGAGAACGCUCAGGACCAGUUUGAGUACGAGCUGGAGCAGGCGCUGGAGGCGCAGUACAAGUACAUCGUGAUCGAGCCCACGCGCAUCGGGGACGAGACGGCGCGCUGGAUCACCGUGGGGAACUGCCUGCACAAAACGGCCGUGCUGGCGGGCACCACCUGCCUCUUCACGCCCCUGGCACUGCCCGUAGAUUAUUCUCACUACAUCUCCCUGCCUGCCGGAGUGCUGAGCGUGGCUUGCUGCACCCUGUACGGGAUCUCGUGGCAGUUCGAUCCCUGCUGCAAGUACCAGGUGGAGUACGAUGCCUAUAAACUCUCGCGCCUGCCCCUGCAUACGCUCACCUCGUCCACUCCCGUGGUGCUGGUGAGGAAGGACGACCUGCACAGAAAGAGACUGCACAACACGAUAGCACUCGCUGCCCUGGUGUACUGUGUAAAGAAGAUCUAUGAACUCUAUGCUGUAUGACUUCAGCAGGGAAGAGAGAAACCCACAAAGACAAGUGUAUUAAGACUCCCACAGUAACAUUUUGUUUUUCCUCUUUGAGAAGCGGUGGAGACUGGGAAGGAUUUGGUUUGAUAGAGCUGUUAUUUUUCAGAUAACGUAUCACUGGUGCACCAAGGUUUUUCAGCUCUUCGUUACACUUGAGAUGUGGAUGUGUGGUGACUUGAGAUCCGUAUGUUAGGCCAGGGGAGUCCAAUCCAGCAGCAGAAUGUCAGUGAAAGAAAGCAAUAGAAAGAAGGGGUGUGAGAGCUGCUUUCUUUUUUUUUUUUCUUUUUUUUUUUUUCUUUUUUGGGAAACAUUUAAGUAUAUUGUUUAAUUGUAUUACACAGAACCAGCCAGAAGUUAUCAUUGACCAUUAAAGGAUGAGAAUUUCAAAUGC